UGUGGCGAAAAUGAUUACUGAAGCGGUCGAGAAUGGAGGAGGCGAUAUGGAAAUUGAUGGAUUCGAACAGAAGCCUGAGAAAGUUGUGCCCGAUGGGUUCGAUGUUAACUAUCUCAAAAUUUACUACGGAAAGCUUUUCCCGUAUACUGAUUUCUUCAAAUGGAUGUCUUAUGGAAAUGAUGGCAAGCAUCCAGGCAGUGACCAAUCAUAUUUUGGCCGGAGAGAGUUUUCAUUCACAUUGGAGAAUGAUAUAUAUCUACGAUACCAAUCUUUCAAUAACUUAUCCGAAAUGGAGAAUUCGAUCAAGGAAAAGUGUCCGUUUAAAAUUGAUAUUGGGCCUGUAUACAACGUGGAUGUAAGUACAAUUCUUCCUUGGCUUAUCAUGAAUCUGAUAUGUGUUCUCCCUGAUCAAAAUCUUACUGAAUUUGAGUAG